AUGCUAGCUAAAUGGCUGUGGAGAUUCGCGACGGAAAGAAAUAGCUGGUGGAGGGAGUUGAUCGAGAUUAAAUACCCAAACCCCCGAUCGAUUUGGCAGACUGAUUGUGCUCGUAAUGGUUUCUCCCACUCGGUGUGGGCGAAUAUAUCUAAGGUCUACGACUUAUUUUGGAAGUUCUCCUCAAUGGAUCCGGGAAAUGGCACCUCUAUCUCCUUCUGGUAUGAUGUUUGGUCUCCUGGGACGGUGUUGGCUGAAGCCUUUCCUCGUGUCGCCGCUGCUGCUGCCGACCCCAAUGCCAGCCUCUCCGACGUGGCCUCGUGUGACGACGGGAUGGUGAGAUGGUCUCUUAACCUUAAAUAUUCUUUGAGAGGGGGGGGGGGGGGGGAGCAGGUGUCGAAGGGAUUGUUCAUCGGUGUCCAAGACUUGCCGGCUAAACAGAUUUGGAGAGCAGUCAUUCCCGGGAAAGUGUGUUUCUUUUUGUGGCUCGCUUAUCACAAUAGGAUUCUCACUAUCGACAACUUGAUGAAACGAGGAUGGACGUUGAAAAAAAAAACGGAGUUGGGAUUCAGGGGGAGGGACAUAAGCUCUGUUGUCAAAAAUACUCCUCUGUCUGAGCCUGUGGAUGUUGGUGGCUGGUUCUUGAGCUGCAUUCUACAUGCUGCUCUCUCUAUGGAAUGGUUGGUUGCGUUCAGUAAAGUGGAGAAAACACAGGGUGAGAAUUGGUUGAAAGAGGGUCUGCUUGUCACUUAA